UCCCACAAAUAUGGAUCAGGUAAUGCAGUUUGUUGAGCCAAGUUGGCAGUUUGUAAAGGACUCGAUUCGGCUGGUUAAAAGAUGCACCAAACCUGAUAGAAAAGAAUUCCAGAAGAUCGCCAUGGCCACAGCGAUUGGAUUCCCUAUCAUGGGGUUCAUCGGCUUCAUUGUGAAACUGAUCCACAUCCCUAUUAAUAACAUUAUUGUGGGUGGCUGA